AUGCGAGGAUUGCUUGUAACAGUCUUCCUGGGGGCAUCUCUCUACCUGUUCGUACAACCUGCAAUGACGGGACUCCUGGGUGAGUUGUCGUGCCCGCCUCCGAGACUCGAUCAACUUGCGCCGUUCGGGACAAGAUCACCGCUUGCUCAAAUGAGAGUUUACCCACAGAACCGAAACCUUGGCACACUGGGGCUAGCUGCCGUGCCGUUCCCUCGGUCUCUUUUCUCAAGCUCGACGCGUUUGCCCUCCACACCGAUAGGCGGAUUCAGCUCCAAACCUGCCGGAGAGAACGACGCGCGCGUGAACCAGGCAGUCGAUGUAGCAACCAAGGAGGUCGUGGCUGGCACAAACUACAAGCUACGCCUGAAGGCGUCCGAUGGCGACUCCCACACGCGCUACGAGGCGGUUGUCUAUGAGGAGCUGCCCCAUGCCGGCGGCAAGUUUAGCCUGACAGAUCUCAAGGCCAUCGACAGCCCCGAGAAGGACUCGGCGAGCUCAGGCUCGGGGGCCUCCGGGUCCAAGGAGGCAGCUACAUUUGCUGUGCAGCAGAUCUCCUCCCAGUCCAACUCGCUGAUGCCCUUUGCACUCAAGGAGAUUGUGAAGUCUGAGGAGAGCAAGGAAGGCGGCAUCACCCUGCACCGCCUCAAGCUGAAGCUAGGCCACACGUCCAUGGACGAUCAGACAUACGAUGUAGGAGGGGGGGGGUGGCUGACUGAGUGUGCAGGGGCUUCUGACCUUUGGGAGUGA